UGCACCAUUACAGAACUCAUUGCAUUCGCACCGUCAAGAUGGCGACUUCCAUGACUGUAUUUAUUUUUGUGACUUGUUUGUCAUUGCUUUGCACCUAUGUAUUAGGUGAAGGAAGGUUUCUACUAGCCCAUGUACCAGAAUACCUCAAAGUUAAAACAGAUGAAGGUCCUAUCAAUGCCAAUGAAGUCCCAGAUUUAUUCCAAUUAGCUUUAGGAUUUUCAAGUUCAAAGCCUUUAUCAUGGCAUGGGAUGUCAGCCGGAAGUAUCUUCAGAAGACCCAAAGCUGGUGUCCUAAUCACUGUAGAAGAGAUUCAAGGCACAGAUGCUCUCAAACCAUCAGCUCUUCAAUCCAUUCCUAUAAAACAGGUUCAACCUGGUAGUCUAACUCUCGACUCUGUAAAGGAUAAUAUUAUCAACAUGUAUGGGAAAAGCAAGCCUGUCUCAGUUGAGCUUGUGGCAGGUGCUGAGUUCAUUCGGUCACCAGAAGAGUUCCCAAAGCUUUUUGAGGGUCUUCCUCCACUCAGGCUAGACAGGAUGAUGCCCCUGCUGAAAGGAAGUACAUCAGUGACCCUUCAUCUUUCACCUUUGACUCUAAACCUGACCCACCAGUCUGAUGUCAACUUCUUCAGUGAGCUUCAGAUAAUGCAGGAAGUCCUACUAAAGCUGAAGGAAAACAGGGCUGUUGUUGAUGAUAAUGUGCCAGACAUCUACUCCUUUGAGCUGUCAGGGUUCAGGGCUCUGCAGUCCGAGUAUGGACCAGACUCGGCUCAGGUCGUUGAUGCUAUGAAUGUUCUAGCUGACUUUAUCCAGCAGUGGGGACGUGAGAUGAUAGAGCUUUAUGGUGAGGAUCUGUUUAUGGGCGUGGCUACUGUUCCAAUGGAAGCGUUCAUGCACAGACAGGGACGAUCCCUCAUGCAGGCUACAGAUUCAACAACAGAACCUACUAAUUCUCCAACUACCACCAAGGUUAAUCCAGCUACCACUGCUGGGCCCACCCCAGCCCCGGUCACCAACAUCACACCGUCGGCACUGAACGUGGCACCGUACUACGACGAGACCUUCCCAGUCUUCUUCAACAUUUUCCUCUGGAUGGGCAUCAUCCUGGUGAUCGCAGUCGUGGUCGUCGCCAUGAUGCUGGGUAACAUGGAUCCCGGUGACUCCAUCAUCUACAGAAUGACCAGUCAAAGAAUCAAGAUUGACUAAUUAAUCUAGAUUAUUGAAAUAGAUAGGCUUAUGUAUUAUCAUAUAGGGGGUAAUAGCAUUUAGGGUAUUGGAAGAUUUUGUUUACAUGUUAUCUCGGGGGUUCAGUCUGUCUAAAAUGCCAAAGAGAUUCAACUUGGUAAUAAACAAUGGAAUCACUUCCAUGGGACUGACUAAAAAAAAAGAUAUAUUAUUACUCGACUAAAGAUGCUUGCCUGACAUUGCAAGUGAAAAUUAGUGGUAUAAAAUUUACAGGGGGUAUACAUGUAUGCAAGUGGAGAGUGUAUGCUUCACACACUGAAGUCUAAUUUAAGCAUAUCACUUAAUCAUUACAUCUGUCUUUGAAUUUUCUUAUUUAGUCUUUUGUAUCACGUCUUGUUGAGGAAUCUUGUUCAGGCAAUCUGUUAGAGUACAUGUACAUUACCCUAUUUUGUAGUACAUUACUCUAUAAAGUAUGAGAGGCAUGUAACCAGAUUGUACAUGUAGGAUAAUCACAUUGAUUUUUCAAUGAAAAAAAGUAUACCUGCAGUAAUUAAAAUGUGCAAUUCUAUCAAUGUUUUAUUUUGAUCAAGUCCUUUCCUGCACAGAGAUGUAGGGAUUUAUUCAUUAUUUAGCUAGAAUGUUGACUUUGUUCAUUCUCUCAACUUCUCCAGUAUUAUGAAUAAAAACAUGUGCAUUUGUGCUGGUAUAGAGAGAUGACUUAUAUUGCCAGAAUCAGACUUAAUUACUUGUAGCUUAGCGUCAGAAAGGGGUAAAAUAAAGAUAUUGAGGGCAGAAUAUUUCAGUCAUUGCUCAUUAAUUGUGCAUGUGUAUGCAUAUUAAUCAUGAUCGAGUAACGAGUGUCUCCGCCAACUACAAUAUUGGAAGAAUGCAAUAAUGGUACAAUUAAAUAAAGGAAUAUGUUACUACUACAUGUAUGUAGUAUACAUGUAGAUGAGAUGCUUUUAAAAACAAAAGUUUGUGCCGCAUACUUUUUCAAGAAACCCGUACGGUGUCUUUCACUGCAGCUUUCUCAUAUUCUCUGUUGGGUUGUUCAUGUAGAAUUGAAGGAAUAAAUACAUGAUAAUACACUGAAGCGGGAUUCCCUCAGAAAGAUGGGGUCAGCUUUUUCUGGAGCACCUGAUAGGUACUCCAACCAUGCUCUAGCAUUGGUAUGCAUUUCAUGGCUUGGCCGAUAACACCCUGUAUCUCAUAAUUUGUGGGAAGCUUAAGAAAAGGCUUCAUUUCAAAAUAUAGCAGUGUUGGCAUUCUCAUUUUGUCUGAAAACAAUGUCUUGAUUUCUGUAAAGAACUCUUUUGAGGCAAAAGAAGGUUGCCAGGCGUUAGUUGCUACCUAUGUUAUAUCUCUAGACUUGCUUUUCUGAGCUGUCAUCGAAAUAUUCAUAUAUCUCCUGAUUUCUGUGAAGAACUCUUUUGAGGCAAAAGAAGGUUGCCAGGCGUUAGUUGCUACAAAGGUCUAUGUUAUAUCUCUGGACUUGCUUUUCUGAGCUGUCAUCAAAAUAUUUAAAUUUUGAGGUACAAGGUUUUAUCAGCCUAGCAACAAUAUAGAUAUAGGUGUUGUGGAUCAAUAUUUUUGUGACUGUUAUAG